CAGGGGGAUCCAGGCGUCAGUGCUGUCCUCUGCAAGCUGGUAACAUGGUUUUGUUAAAAGUCGUCGUCCUCCUGGUGGCCUUCACAUCCUGCUGGGCAGAGGAGGAGAAGGAGCUGUCUGUCUCCGAGCUCCUGUGGAAGGCCAACAAGGAUGUUGUACACACGGAGGAUGAGCCUCUUGUAAUAGAUGACAUUGCCUAUGACAACGAGAACGAGAGGAAUGCUGAUCAGUGCACCUCCCGUGGCUGCAUGUGGCCCAAAUCUGCUGAUGGAAAAGUCUACGUGCCCUACGUCAUCGCCAAUCACUACACUUCUCGAGAGCUCUCCAUCAUUGAGCGGGGCCUGGAGUCUUUCACUGCAGUCUCCUGUAUUCGCUUCAUCAGACGGACCAGCCAGAGUGCUUAUCUGAGCAUCCAGUCACACAACGGCUGUUACUCCUACGUCGGCCGCCUAGGUUACGGCCAGACGUUGUCUCUGGACCGAGCGGGCUGCAUAUACCACAGCACUGUGCAGCACGAGCUGCUCCACGCCCUGGGCUUCAACCACGAGCAGUGCCGCUCCGACAGGGAUCAGUACAUCCGAGUCGUGUGGGAGAACAUCCAGUCUGGUUUGGCCUACGCCUUUGACAAGCUCGACACCCUGAACCUAAACACCCCCUACGACUACAACUCUGUCAUGCAGUACCACAGGUAUGCGUUCUCUGCAAACAAUCAGCCCACAAUGGUUCCCAUUCCCGACCCCAACGUUUCCUUCGGAACGGCUACCCAGAUGAGCAGUAAUGACAUCGCCAGGCUGAACAGGCUGUACAAAUGUUAAACUGUAACAGAUCCUGUCUACUCUGAGGUCAUUUCUCAAGAUCUUCAAUAAACUUUAACAUGCAGCAGGUC